UCCCCGGCUUUCAGCCGCCACCUUCUUUGGCAGCUGGGCACCGUUUCUCUGCUGCGCAGGCCUGGGGCCAUGGAGCACCUUCUGGUGGAGCUGGCGGCGGGGCCGCUGCGGUUAAUCGCCUCCAGGAACGAGAGGAGCCGCAGCGAGCUGGGCAGGUUCUUGACUCAGCAGGUAUGGACACCUCAAGAUCGCCAGUGUAUCCUGAAUGCUUUAGCACAGUUGCUGUUGGAUAAAGACUGUACUGUUUUACUUGGCCGCCAGCUGCGUCCUAUCCUUUUGGAUUUGCUGGAAAGGAAUGCUGAAGUCAUUAAAACUGGAGGCCAAGUCAAUCAUGAUCUUCAUGAACGUCUUAGUGUGUCAAUGAGCAAACUCCUUGGUCAUCAUCCUGACAUCCUCCCGUUUGCUCUGAGGUAUUUCAAGGACACUUACCCUGUCUUUCAAAGACUCUUCCUUGAAAGUUCAGAUGCUAAUCCUGUGCGCUAUGGACGCAGGCGGAUGAAGCUCCGUGACCUUAUGGAAGCAGCCUACAAGUUUCUGCAGCAAGAACAGUCUGUUUUCCAGGAGCUCUGGGACUGGAGUGUUUGUGUUCCUCUUCUUAGGAGCCAUGACACCUUAGUCCGCUGGUACACAGCCAAUUGUCUUGCUUUGGUUACCUGUAUGAAUGAAGAACACAAAUUUUCUUUCCUAAAGAAGAUUUUUAAUGGUGACGAAUUAAUCCAUUUCAGGCUGAGGUUGUUAGAAGAGGCCCAGUUGCAGGACUUGGAGAAGGCCUUGGUUUUGGCUAAUACGGGAGCCACCCUUUGGCAUAAGGAGAAGGAGAUGCACUACAAACAUGGGCACCUUGUUUCAGUUGACCUCUCCUCUAGUGUGACAGCUGUCUGUGGUGUGGUGCUGCCCAGGCACUCACCUGUCCUUGGAGAGCAGGAAAGCAACAGGAGUUCUUUACAUGAACAGGACCUGGCCCUUAGGACGUAUGUGUUGGUUGAAUCUGUCUGCAAAAGUCUUCAGACUGUAGCUAUUGCAGUGGCUUCUCAGAAUGCUGUGUUGUUGGAAGGACCAAUAGGAUGUGGCAAAACUUCCUUAGUUGAACAUUUAGCUUUAGUAACAGGUAGAAGGAAACCACCUCACCUUCUCAAAGUCCAGCUUGGAGAUCAGACGGACAGUAAGAUGCUGUUGGGAAUGUAUCGCUGCACAGAUGUCCCUGGAGAAUUUGUAUGGCAGCCUGGCACGCUAACACAGGCGGUCACAAAGGGUCAUUGGAUCCUUUUAGAAGAUAUUGACUAUGCCCCCUUAGAUGUGGUUUCUGUAUUGAUCCCACUUUUGGAGAAUGGAGAGCUCUUGAUUCCUGGUCGAGGUGACUGUCUGAAAGUAGCUCCUGGAUUUCAGUUCUUUGCAACCAGAAGGCUCUUCAGCUGUGGAGGACAUUGGUAUCGACCACUAAAUAGUCAUGCAACUUUGCUAGACAAAUAUUGGACCAAAGUUCACCUGAAUAAUCUGGAUAAGACAGAAUUGAAUGAGGUUCUUCAGUGCAGAUAUCCAAGCCUGAUGACAGCAGUUGAUCACUUGCUUGACAUUUAUAUCCAGCUCACAGGAGAUAAGCACCUCUAUCAGAACAAUAGCUCUGUUGGAUAUGAGCAGUCACAACAGGAAGUUUCAGAAGCCAGGAAAGAAAACAGAAAAACAAUCUUUGAGGGAAGAGAAUUAUCGCUAAGGGAUCUGCUGAAUUGGUGUAAUAGAAUUGCUCCUAGCUUUAACAAUUCAUCUUCAUCAGCAUCAUUAAAUAUUUUUCAAGAGGCUCUGGACUGUUUCACAGCAAUGCUUUCUGAGCACAAGAGCAAACUGAAAAUGGCGGAAGUUAUCGGAAGCAAAUUGAACAUUUCUAAGAAAAAGGUUGAAUUUUUCUGCAAACUUUAUAAACCAGAAAUUGUGAUCAAUGAACUAGAUGUACAAGUAGGUCGAGUGCAGCUUUUGAGGAAACAAAGUGAGGCUGUUCACAUAAAGAAGGAGAAGUUUACUUUUGCUGGAACUAGGCCAUCCUGUGUUCUCAUCGAACAGCUAGCUGUGUGUGUCAGCAGAGGGGAGCCUGUGUUGUUGGUAGGAGAGACUGGAACUGGCAAAACUUCUACUGUACAGUACUUGGCUCAUAUUACAGGCCAUCGUUUGAGUGUGGUUAAUAUGAACCAGCAAAGUGACACUGCAGACUUGCUUGGAGGUUACAAGCCAGUGGAUCAUAAGCUUAUAUGGCUACCUCUACGUGAGGCAUUUGAGGAACUGUUUGCCCAGACAUUUUCCAAGAAACAAAACUUCACUUUCUUGGGGCACAUUCAGACCUGUUACAGGCACAAACGAUGGCAUGACCUCCUCAGACUAAUGCAACAUGUACAUAAGUCAGCUGUUGCCAAGGAAGGAAAGGAGAGUCAAACUGGGUUACUCCUAAAGGAGAAAUGGGAAGCAUUUGGCCUUAGACUCAGCCAUGCCCAGCAACAGAUGAAAAUGACUGAAAAUGCCUUAUUGUUUGCAUUUGUAGAGGGUACAUUGGCUCAGGCUAUAAAAAAGGGAGAGUGGAUUUUGUUGGAUGAGAUUAAUCUGGCUGCUCCUGAAACGUUGGAAUGUCUGAGUGGUUUGCUUGAAGGAUCCUCUGGCUCAUUGGUGUUGCUUGAUCGAGGAGAUACAGAGCCAUUGGUUCGCCAUCCUGAUUUCCGUUUAUUUGCAUGUAUGAAUCCAGCUACUGAUGUGGGCAAAAGAAAUCUCCCACCAGGAAUAAGAAAUAGGUUCACAGAACUUUAUAUAGAAGAAUUGGAAAGUAAAGAAGACUUACAUAUUCUUAUUGUGGAUUAUCUGAAAGGAUUGAGUAUUAAUAAGAACACGGUACAAGGAAUCAUAAACUUCUACACUGCUUUGCGGAAAGAGUCUGGGACCAGAUUGGUUGAUGGGACCGGCCAUAGACCUCACUAUAGCCUUCGGACCCUCUGUAGGGCCUUGCGGUUUGCAGCAUCCAAUCCGUGUGGCAACAUCCAGCGUUCACUCUAUGAGGGCUUUUGUUUGGGUUUCUUGACACAGCUUGACAGGGCAUCACACCCAGUAGUUCAGAAGCUUAUUUGUCAACAUAUUAUCUCUGGCAAUGUCAAAAGCCUACUGAAACAGCCUAUUCCAGAACCCAAAGGUGGCCGGCUUAUCCAGGUUGAAGGCUACUGGAUUUCAGUAGGAGACAAGGAGCCUACAAUAGAUGAGACAUAUGUCCUGACACCUUCUGUUAAGCUAAACCUGAGAGAUAUAGUUCGAGUGGUCUCUGCAGGAACCCAUCCAGUGUUGAUUCAGGGAGAAACAUCAGUUGGUAAAACAAGUCUGAUCCAUUGGCUGGCUGCAGCUACUGGCAACCACUGUGUGCGUAUCAACAAUCAUGAACACACAGAUAUUCAGGAAUACAUUGGUUGCUAUACAUCUGGCUCCUCAGGGAAGCUUGUCUUUAAAGAAGGUGUUCUUAUUGAUGCUAUGAGAAAAGGCUACUGGAUUGUCUUAGAUGAAUUAAAUUUGGCCCCUACGGAUGUGUUAGAGGCACUGAACAGACUGUUGGAUGAUAACCGUGAACUGCUUGUAACAGAAACACAAGAAGUUGUUAAAGCACACCCUCGGUUCAUGCUCUUCGCUACCCAGAAUCCUCCAGGGCUUUAUGGAGGCCGAAAGGUGCUUUCUAGAGCCUUCAGGAACCGCUUUGUGGAAUUGCACUUUGAUGAAUUGCCCAGUACUGAGUUGGAAAUAAUCUUGCACAAGCGAUGCAGUUUACCUCCCUCUUACUGCAGUAAAUUGGUUAAAGUCAUGUUGGACCUUCAGUCCUACCGCAGAAGUUCUUCAGUGUUUGCUGGAAAGCAGGGCUUUAUCACCCUUCGUGAUCUGUUCCGUUGGGCUGAAAGGUACAGAUUGGCUGAGCAGACUGAGAAAGAGUAUGAUGGGCUACAGCACUUAGCCAAUGAUGGGUUUAUGCUUCUAGCAGGUCGCGUCAGGAAGCAGGAAGAGGUUGAUGUGAUCCAAGAAGUUCUUGAAAAACAUUUCAAGAAAAAAUUGAGUCCUCAAUCUCUUUUCUCUAAAGAAAAUGUCCUAAAUUUAUUAGGUAAAUCUACCCAGUCAUCUGUAUUGGAAUCUAAGUUUAGCCAUAUUGUGUGGACUGAAAGCAUGCGGCGACUGGCUAUGCUGGUGGGACGAGCAUUGGAAUUUGGUGAACCUGUUCUGCUAGUUGGAGACACUGGGUGUGGGAAAACUACAAUCUGUCAGAUAUUUGCAGCCUUGGCAAAGAAGAAACUGUACUCAGUAAACUGUCACUUAAACAUGGAGACAUCAGACUUCCUUGGUGGCCUACGACCAGUGAGAGAGAAGCUAAAUGACAAGGAAGAAAUAGAUAUAAGACUGUUUGAGUGGCAUGAUGGACCUCUUGUUCUGGCCAUGAAAGAAGACAGCUUUUUCCUCUUGGAUGAGAUCUCACUGGCUGAUGACUCUGUCUUAGAACGACUUAACAGUGUCCUGGAAGUUGAAAAGUCGCUGGUAUUAGCUGAGAAGGGCAGCCCAGAUGGCAAGAAUAAUGAGGUAGAGCUGUUAACUGCUGGGAAAAGAUUCCGUAUCUUAGCAACCAUGAACCCUGGGGGCGACUUUGGAAAAAAAGAGCUAUCUCCUGCCUUACGAAACCGGUUUACCGAAAUAUGGUGUCCUCAAAGUACAAAGCAUGAAGAUUUAAUUCAAAUAAUACAACAAAAUCUUCAUCCAGCAUUGUCUCUGGGUAGAGAAGGUCAUAAAGGAGCUGACAUAGCUGAGGUGAUGAUGGAUUUCAUUGACUGGUUGAUCCACCAGGAGUUUGGACGAAAGUGUGUGGUCAGCAUCAGAGAUAUCUUGUCCUGGGUUAACUUUAUGAAUGCAAUGAUGGAGGAGGCCCCUGUGAAAAGCCUAGAGACCAUCUCCACAGUGACAUCUUUUGUCCAUGCCGCAUGUCUGGUAUACAUAGAUGGCAUAGGCUCAGGAGUGACUUCUGGAUUUGGAACCGCCCUCUUGGCUAGGGAAGAAUGUCUAAAAUUCCUAAUAAAGAAACUUUCCAAGGUAGUACGACUUACAGAAUGUCAGAAAAAUGAAUUGAAGAUUUAUGAUAGACUUAAGGUCAAAGAAUUCACCUGCAUAGAUAACCAUUGGGGAAUUCAUCCAUUUUUUAUACCAAGAGGACCUGCUCUGUAUAAACACAAUAUUGCUGACUAUGCACUCAGUGCAGGUACCACAGCGAUGAAUGCUCAGAGGCUAUUAAGAGCUACCAAACUGAACAAACCCAUUCUUCUGGAGGGCUCCCCUGGUGUUGGCAAGACAAGUUUGGUGGGAGCUUUAGCGAAGGCUUCAGGAAAUAUUCUGGUUCGAAUCAACUUGUCAGAGCAGACGGAUAUCACUGACCUGUUUGGAGCAGAUCUACCUGUUGAGGGUGGCAAGGGAGGAGAAUUUGCCUGGUGUGAUGGCCCCUUGCUGGCAGCUUUGAAGGCAGGCCAUUGGGUUGUGUUGGAUGAGCUUAACCUGGCUUCUCAGUCUGUACUGGAAGGACUUAAUGCUUGCUUUGACCACCGAGGAGAAAUCUUUGUACCUGAAUUAGGAAUGAGCUUUCAAGUUCAGCAUGAAAAGACAAAGAUUUUUGGGUGUCAAAAUCCCUUUAGACAAGGAGGAGGGAGGAAGGGCUUGCCCAGGUCUUUCCUUAACAGAUUCACUCAGGUUUUUGUGGAUCCACUUACAGUACUUGACAUGGAAUUCAUUGCUAGUACUUUGUUCCCAGCUAUUGACAAAAAUAUUGUUAAGAAGAUGGUAGCUUUCAAUAACCAUAUUGAUCAUGAAGUGACUGUUGAGAAGAAAUGGGGUCAAAAAGGAGGACCCUGGGAAUUUAACCUGCGAGACCUUUUCCGCUGGUGUCAAUUGAUGUUGGUUGACCAGGCUCCUGGCUGCUAUGAUCCUGGUCAGCAUGUGCUUUUGGUUUAUGGUGAAAGAAUGAGAACCAAAGAUGACAAAGAAAAGGUCAUUGCUAUAUUUAAGGAGGUGUUUGAUUCAACUUUCAAGCCAUACAUGGGAACCAGUCUAUUUCAUAUCACUCCCUAUAAUGUUCAGCUUGGAUACUCAGUCCUUUCCCGUGGCAGCUAUGUUCCUCAUCCCUCCCGCCGCCCCUUGUCACUCCUACGCCAGUCAUUCCAGUCUCUGGAGUCCAUCAUGAAGUGUGUACAGAUGAACUGGAUGGUCAUCCUUGUGGGACCAGCCUCAGUGGGCAAGACCAGCCUGGUCCAGCUUCUGGCCCACCUUACUGGCCACACAUUAAAGAUCUUGGCUAUGAACAGUGCAAUGGAUACUACUGAGCUUCUAGGUGGAUUUGAGCAGGUUGAUCUUAUUCGACCUUGGAGGCAGCUGCUGGAGAAGGUGGAAGGUACUGUAAGGACACUGUUAAGGGAUAGCCUUCUUUCCAGUGCUGAUGAUGCAGAAGUAGUGCUGCGAGCCUGGAGCCAUUUCCUUCUGACAUACAAACCAAAGUGUCUUGGUGAAGAAGGUAAAGGGAUCACAGUGGAGAUAGUCAACAAACUGGAAGCAAUAUUGCUCCUUCUACAGCGACUCAAUAACAAGAUCAACUUAUACUCCAAGGCAGAGUUUGCAAAACUUAUGGAAGAGUUCCGAAGUUUUGGGGUAAAGUUAAUGCAGUCAGCCAGUGGUCGGAGUCAUGGCACUUUUGAAUGGGUUGACAGCAUGUUAGUUCAGGCCCUGAAGUCUGGAGAUUGGCUUCUGAUGGACAAUGUUAACUUCUGCAACCCAUCAGUGCUAGAUCGUUUGAAUGCUUUGCUCGAACCUGGAGGUGUCCUGAGCAUUAAUGAGAGAGGAAUGGUAGAUGGAUCCACUCCUACAAUAGCACCAAAUCCCAGUUUCAGGCUUUUUCUGUCAAUGGAUCCUGUUCAUGGAGAAAUAUCCCGAGCCAUGAGGAAUCGUGGACUUGAAAUCUAUAUUUCAGGAGACCGGGAGGGGAGCAUUUCAGAUAACUUGGAUAUGAAAGUUCUGCUGCACAGUGUUGGGUUGUUGGGGAAUAGUGUGUGUGACAUCCUCUUGGCUCUACACACGGAGAUCCAGAAUGUUAUUAUAGGUUCUCCAGCAUCUUCUGUGUCUAAUCUCAUUCAGACCGCCAUACUCAUUGUCCAAUACUUGCAGCGAGGCCUGAGUUUGGACAGAGCCUUUUCAGAAGCAUGCCGGGAAGUAUAUGUGUGUUCUCAGCAUUCAGCAGCAAAUCGGAAGCUUGUACAGGCAUUGCUGGAGAGUCAUACUUCUUCUCUACAAGUACAUGAAAACUGGGGAAACUCCAUUCUUGCUGCUGGGCUGUGGCCAGAUCCUGUGGCCUCAGCUUUCUUUGCUACAGAAGAUUCUCACCUCUCUGUUGUCCAAAGUGAUGGGCAGAUCCUUACAUACUGCCUCAACAGGAUGAGCCUAAGAACCAGCAGCUGGGAGAGAAAUCAGCCUCUUAUCUUGAAAGACUUAGAGAAAAUUAUGCAGUCUCCUAACCCUGAAAACCUGAAAUUCAGUUCAGUAGAACUGGAUACUUCUUGGAUUGAUGAACCAGAUGUUUUGGCUGUGGCUGCUAAAUUGCUCAUAGAAAGAGCAAACAAUCAGGAUUGGAUGCUCAGAGUCAAAUGGCUGUGUCAUUUAGCCAAGAACAUACCACAGGAGCUUGAGAAAAUGCAGAUUCAUUUGGAAGCCAGUGCCACAUGUCUUAGGAACUUUUACUCAACUUCUCUCUCGGCUGGAGUCAGUAAUAUCUUCAAAAUUUUCCAUACAAAUAUAACAGAUGACUUUGUGAUCCCUCUGGACCCCCGGUGGAAUAUGCAAGCUUUGGACAUGACUAGAAAUUCAGUUGACUUUGAUCCGCAAAUGGACCAGUUUGAACGUCUCUUUACCCUUUUAGAAUCAGUUGCUAACAAGACAGUUAUUUAUCUUGACCGGGAAAAACGGAUUUUCACUGAAGCAAAUUUGGUAUCUGUUGGUAGUAGAAAGUUAAGAAAUAGUGUUUUGCGAAUGUCCUUUGAAUUUCAUAAAGAUCCGGAGAGCUAUCCCAGCCUGCCCCAUGAAAUUGUGGUCAAUCUUGCUGCUUUUUUUGAGCUUUGUGAUACACUAAUUCUGCUAUGGGUACAGUCCUCCCAGGAGAUGGUUUCUGAUGCCAGUGUCCAUGAGAUCUUGGGUUCUGUGCGGUGGCGGGACCGGUUUUGGACUGUGGCUGAUACUGUGAGAGUAGACCCACAAGGUCUAGCUUUGCUUGCUUUACAUUGGCAUUGGGUUUUAAAACAUUUGAUCAGUCGGAUUCCACAACUUAUGGCAAAUCCCGAAGACAAAUAUUUUAAAGAAGUUCAGACGGUCUCCAAGCAUAUUGAGAAUUGUAUAGGAAGCCUAGCUGGUGGCUUCACAUGUAUAAAGAAGUUACAGAAAUUCUUGGGACGACCAUUUCCUUUUAAGGACAAGGUGGUAGUGGAGUGUUUUUCACACCUAAAAGUCAUUAACAGGGCCCUUGCCAUCAGGGAAUGGAAACCUUUGUUAGAGGAUUGUGGAUGGCAAGAAGACAUUAAUCGUAUCCAUGUGGUUGCUUCUGAACUGACAUUGAAGAAAAGUCUCCUACAGGCCUGGGAAUUGAUCCUCAGAGCUAAUAUUCGGGAAGAUACGAAUUUAGAUGAGUUGAAGAAUCUUGUCAACACUCAGUGUUUAGAACUAAAAGGCAAAGGACUUUCACUUGGUUUUAUGGAGAAAACAUAUGGUGAAGCUUCUUCACCACCCAAGCACAACUUCAGGUCUUUAAGCCAAGUUACCAGGAGCAUUCAGCUGUGGCCGGCAAUGGAGUAUUUAGCUAUUCUAUGGCAGUAUAAAGUAACAGCUGAUUUUAUGGCACAAACCUGUCUGAGAAGGUCAAGCAGAAUUCAACAGCUGCUGUUAGAUGAGGAGAUAAAUCAUCAUAUCACAUUUUGUCUUAAGCACACACCAGUUGAGCCUCAAAAGCUCUGGGAACUUUGGUCUUUGGUACAUCAAAAGCUGUCUACUGCGGAAAUCACUUGUUUUUGGUCUGGGUUAUUUAAUUCUACAUUUACAUCUUUCUGGAACAGUACUAUUACCACAAAUCCAGAGUACUGGCUAAUGUGGAGCCCAUUACCCAGUACACAGAAGAUAGAAAUGUCCAGGUCCCUUUUGGAUUCUACGCUGAAGGGCCCUGGAAGCCUCAGUAGAGCCAUUUUCUCCAAGUGCUGCUUUGGAUUAUUAACCAGCAGUUGCAGAACAAGCCCCUGGGAUGUAAGCGGCCUCCCCCUACUGUCCUCCUCUCACGUUAGUCUGGGAGAGUGGGUUGAGAGAGCCCAGCAACUUGAGGUCAUCAGCUCCUUGCUCUGGACCAACAUGGCUAUGUCUUCAGUUGCAGACUUCAGACGCAUAGAUUCCCAUCUCCAGGAGCUAGUACUGUGCCGGCACCUGGUGGGCCUAGCACAGCUGCUUCCAGAAUCCCAACAACAGGAGUAUAUGCAGAAUUGUGAACAGUUGCUGACUGGGGACAGCCAAGCUUUUCAGCAUGUGGGCCAGACUCUUGGAGACAUGGGCAGUCAGGAGGCACUGCCCAAUGAGCUACUCUGCCUCCUGCUCACCUCUCUGCACUACAUUUUUGGAGAAAGGGAGAGUAAGCAGAACCUUCCUGAACCAGCCCAACGUGGCAGCCUCUGGGUGAGCCUUGGCUUGCUCCAGAUUCAGACUUGGCUUCCUCAGGCACGCUUUGAUCCUGCACUGAAGAGGGAAUACAAACUCAAGUACAUCCAAGAGGAGUUAUGCCAGCUGCAGUAUGAGUGGGAAAUCCGGAACCUCUUGUCCCAACUACAAACUGGAAGAGACCUGGCAGAUGAAGUAACUGUCGAUCACUCUCAUCCUCACAUUAGGUUUCUUCGCCAAAGGAUUAAUCAUCUGCAGAAUUUAAUCUGCAGCCUGUCAAGAAAGCAGGCUUUCAGACCCCAGCUGCCUACAUAUGAGUCCCUGGUACAGGAAAUCCACCACUACAUCACUAGCAUUGCUGAAACUUCUGCUGUUCAGGAUCUGCUCACGCGGCUUCUUCAGGCCCUCCACACAGAUGGACCCCAGUCUGUCCAGGUAGUCCAGAACCUUCUGAAAGAGGAGGACUCUUGGCAGCAGUCACACCACCAGUUCAGAAAGCACCUGGCUGGGGAGUAUGCUUUGUAUCCAGAUACAGUGAUCCCACUACAGGCUUCCAUCUUGCAGUUGCAACAUGGCAUGAGGCUGGUAGCAUCUGAGGUCCAUGCCUCUGUCCACAGCAGUGUGGUCUCUGCAGACAAGCUGGGUGUCCUCGUCAUGGCUAUACUGGCUUUCCCAUCUGUGAGCCCCACCUUCCCCACCUACUAUGCUCAUGCAGAUGUUUUGUGUUCAGUGAACUCAGUAGAGGUUCUGCAAGGCCUUGGGAAGAUGAUCGCCAAAUGUUCAGCAGGAAAGGAGGUGAAAGGCAACAUCCAGCAACUUUGCCCCACCCGAGGACAGUUGCUAAUGAAUGCUCUCCUUUACCUGCGCUCCCAUGUGUUGUGCAAAGGAGAGCUAGACCAGAGGGCCCUGCUGCUCUUCAGACACGUGUGCCAGGAGAUCAUUAGUGAAUGGGAUGAACAGGAGCGUGUUGCCCAAGAGAAGGCUGAGCGAGAGAGCAGCUUGUAUAGAUACCGGAGCAGGAGCUGCAAGACAGCCCUGAGUGAGGAGGAAGAGGAAGAGCGCGAAUUCAGAAAAGUGUUCCCACUGCAUGAAAAGGACUUUGCAGAUAUUUUGGUUAUAUCAACACUAGAGGAAAACAAAGAAACUUCGGAUGGGCAAGAAGAGGAGACAGUCACAGACCCAACUAUCCUCUCCCAGAGUUCAAUGCAAAUGGUGAUGCUGAUACACCAGCAACUGUGCCUCAACUUUGCUCGAUCCCUGUGGUACCAGCAAACUGUGCUGUCCCAUGAAAUCCAGCACUAUCUCAGCCUGUUUGUGUCUUGCUAUCAGACAGGGGCAUCUCUGGUAACACACUUCAACACUCUCAUGGGAGUUGAACUGAAUGACCAACUCUUGGGCAGCCAACUUUUGGCCUGUACCCUGUCCUAUAACACUCUCUUUGGGGUAGCAACCUCAGACCUGAUGAUGAGGCCUGAUGGGCCCUAUGAUUUCUAUCAGCACCCCAAUGUUGCAGAAGCACAACAGUGUCAGCCUGUGCUUCAGGACUUCUCGGAGGCUGUCAUUCACUUGUUGCAAGACUGGCCAGACCACCCUGCACUUCAGCAGCUACUGGUUGUAAUGGACAGAAUUCGUGAUUUUCCACUUUCCAGUCCCAUCUCAAAGUUCCUGAACGGCUUAGAGAUCCUUCUGACAAAGGCACAGGAUUGGGAGGAGCAUGCAAGUAAAACUUUAUCUCUGAGGAAACAUCUGGACUUAGUCAGUCAGAUGGUAAUUCGUUGGCGUAAACUGGAAUUGAAGUGCUGGUCCAUGAGUUUGGAUAAUAUUAUGAAGCGCCACACUGAGAAAUCUACUAGGCACUGGUUCUCCAUCUAUCAGAUGCUUGAAAAGCACAUGCAGGAACGAACAGAGGAACAGGAAGAUGAUAAACAGAUGACCCUGAUGUUGCUGGUCAGCACACUGCAAGCAUUUAUUGAAGGCUCUUCACUGGGAGAAUUCCAUGUGCGACUGCAGAUGUUACUGGUUUUCCAUUGUCAUGUCUUACUGAUGCCACAAGUUGAAGGAAAGGAUUCACUUUGCAGUGUUCUGUGGAAUUUGUACCAUUAUUACAAGCAGUUCUUUGACCGGGUUCAGGACAAAAUUGUGGAACUUCGUUCCCCUAUAGAAAAAGAACUUAAAGAAUUUGUUAAGAUAUCAAAGUGGAAUGAUGUCAGCUUCUGGUCCAUUAAGCAGUCUGUGGAAAAGACACAUAGGACCCUUUUCAAAUUUAUGAAGAAAUUUGAAGCUGUCCUGAAUGAACCCUGUUGGUCAUGCCUGGUGGAGGGUGCCAAGGAAGAACAGCCUGAUUUUUUGCCCAGGCCAUCAGUUGAAGCUGCAAGUGAGGUGUCUCCCAUUCAGAGUCUGAACAGGGUUUUGAGAGAGACCCUAUUGGCCCAUCCAACAGUGUGGCAGGCCUCAGUUCCAGAGCAGUGUCAGAGUGCUGGUUCUUUCAUGUUGGAGGGGGAGCUUCUGCAUCGCUUGCCAAAGCUCUUGAAAAAAAUGAGAAAGAUAUGCCUGGCAUUCAUGAAGGAGAGCUUACUGCCUUACCUAGUGGAAGACCUGGAUUGGUUUACAGGUGAAGUGAUUUCUUCUGUAAAUGAGUUGCAGAGCUUACAGGUGGACUCCUCUGUGGAGAAGGAGAAGCAGCAGUCACAAGCCAAACACAUUCUCAUGCAGAAGCAGCGAGCGUUAUCAGACCUCUUUAAACACCUUGCAAAAAUUGGUCUGUCAUAUCGUAAAGGUCUUACCUGGAUCCGUUCGAAAAAUCCUCAAGAGAUGCUUCGUCUUCACCCAUUAGACCUCCAGAGUGCAUUGUCUAUAGUCAUCAGCACUCAGGAAACUGAUUCCAGGCUCCUUGCAGAAAUCUCAUCUUUGUGGGAUGGGUGCCAGAAGUAUUUUUAUCGCUCUCUUGCACGGCAUACUAGGCUUAACAUAGCUCUUACAACUCCUGCCAAGGAGAUGGGCACUGGUAACCUUGAGAGGUGCAAAGGGUUCUCAGCACAUUUAAUGAAGAUGCUCAUAUGUCAGCGCCGUUCACUGACCACACUAACUGAGCAGUGGAUCAUUCUCAGGAACCUUUUAAGCUGUUUACAGGAGAUUCACAACAGGCUGACAGUACCCCUGGUCUACCCUAUGGCUUUCCCACCUCAAGAUGGUGUGCAGCAGUGGACAGAGAGGCUGCAGCACUUGACCAUGCAAACCCAGAUAAUAUUGGAGCAGCUUUCCUGGUUCCUCCAAUGCUGUCCCAGUGCAAUGCCAGCUGCAUGUCACAGUGAUGCUCCAGUGCAGGAGCAGGCUUCUGCCUCCAACCCAGAAGGACCAAAAACUACCCAGGGAGAGAGAUCCAGUAAGCUGCCAGACCCAAUUCUCUCUGAUUUAAGCUACCCAUCCCCAGUACCUGGGAGUCAGCUGCCAUCUGGUUGCCGGAUGCGGAGACAAGACCAGCUCUGGCAGCAGUCAUUUAUAGGGCUGAAAGAAAUGCUAAAAGCCAUUAAAACUAUGAAAGCUGAUGUUGACAAAAUUAGGCAGCAGUCUUGUGAGACUCUCUUUCACUCUUGGAAAGAUUUUGAAGUUUGCUCUUCUGGGCUGAGUUGCUUAUCCCAAGUUUCAGCACAUUUUCAAGGUCUAGAGUCCUUGUUCAUUCUUCCAAGGACAGAGGUUGUGCAAACAAACCCACAAAUGGCAUUAAUUGAAAGCCUGGUAUAUGUCAGAAGAGAAAUCAAUAAAGCCAAUGAUGAAUUUACUACUUGGAAAAUACAUCUCAUUUCACAUAACCAAGAAGGAAACAAGAUAUUGGAAGAAAACUUUGUUCAAGAUUUCUCAGAGCUAAUGGAAACUGCCAUCCAAGCUAUUCUCUGUGCCAUCCAGAAUUUAGUAGAAAGAAACAGUAAACAUACAAAGGAAAGCACCAACCAAAAAAGGCCACAAGGAGAGGGUGAAGAAGCAGGUUUUGAGAGACUGCAACCAGGACAUCUAACAAAACUCUUGGAGGAUGAUUUCUGGGCUGAUGUGAGAACUUUGCAUGUUCAGAAUAUAAUUUCUUCCAUUUCUGAGCUGUUGGAGAGGCUGAAAUCCUAUGGUGAGGAUGGCAGCACGUCGAAGCACAUGGUCUUCAGACAGGCCUGCUGCUUGCUAGUGCGUCUGGUGCCCAUGCUCUGCAGCUUCUCAGACCUUGUCCUCUUCUUCUUGACCAUGUCUCUUGCUACUCACCGGAGCACUGCAAAACUACUCUGUGUGCUUGCCCAGGUCUUUACAGAGCUCCUCCAAAAGGGAUUUUGCUUGCCCAAAGAAUUUGUGGAAGACUCAGCAGGAGAGGGAGCAACUGAAUUCCAUGACUACGAGGGAGGUGGGAUCGGAGAAGGCGAGGGUAUGAAGGAUGUGAGUGACCAGAUUGAAAAUGAGGAGCAGGUGGAAGAUACAUUUCAGAGUGGUCAAGAAAAAGACAAAGAGGAUCUUCACUCAAAAUCUGUUAUCAAGGGUGAAGAUAAUGCCAUUGAGAUGUCAGAUGACUUUGAUGGGAAAAUGUAUGAUGGAGAGCUAGAAGAGCAAGAUGAGGAUGAUGAGAAAUCAAAUAGUGAGAGUGGAGACUUAGAUAAACAGAUGGGUGAUCUCAAUGGUGAGGAAGCUGACAAACUAGAUGACAGGCUUUGGGGUGAUGAGGAGGAAGAAGAUGAAGAAGAAGACAGUAAAACUGAAGAAACAGGACCAGGAGUGGAUGAGGAAGAUUCUGAACUUGUUGCUAAAGAUGACAGCUUGGAUGCUAGGAAUUUGAAAAAACAUAAAAGCCAGCAAAAUGAAAAAGAAGAAUUGGGAUCUGAUGAUGGUGGAGAAGGACAAGAGAAAAUUAAUGAACAAAUAGAUAAGAGGGACUUUGAUGAGAAUGAGGUGGACCCUUACUAUGGCAAUCAGGAAAAGCUAUCAGAACCUGAGGUCUUGGACCUUCCAGAUGACUUGAACCUUGACAGUGAAGACAAAAGUGGUGUUGAGGAUACAGACAAUGAGGAAGGAGAAGAAGAGAAUCCUUUAGAGAUCAAAGAAAAUCCAGUGGACAUGGAAGAAGCAGGUCAGAAAACUGAAGAAAUGAAUGAAGAUGCAGAAGUUGACCCAAAUGAAGGAGAAGGUUUGCGUGAAUGUGAAGUCCCCAGUGAAGCUGACAAAGGGCAAGGGGAAGAGGAGAUGGACACAGAAACUGAUGGCCAAGACAAAGACACUGUCAGCAAUCUUGAGGAAAACUCAGUGGAGGAACAGCAGCCUCAGGAAGAAGAGGAUAGGGAAGCUCCUGAGGAAGCUGGAGAGAAUAGUUGCAGUCCUCUUGCCCAAGGGCUCCAGCCCCAGAACUUUUGUUUGAUUUCUCUGCAGAAGCAGGAAGCAGAGGAGGAGGAGUCUGACACAGAGGAGCAGCUAUCAGAAGCUAUGGAGAGGAAGGAGCAUGCCUCCAACACGCAGAUCGGUGUGGAAAAUGUGCAGAGUACACAGGCUGUGGAGCUGGCCGGGGCUGCACCUGAGAAGGAGCAAGGAAAAGAGGAACAUGGGAGUGGAGCUGCAGAUGCAAACCAGGCAGAAGGCCAUGAAUCCAACUUCAUUGCUCGUUUGGCCUCCCAGCAACACACCAGGAAAAAUACACAGAGUUUUAAGAGGAAACCUGGGCAAGCGGACAAUGAACGCUCCAUGGGUGACCACAGUGAGCAUGUGCACAAGAGGCUGAGGACUGUGGAUACAGACAGCCAAGCUGAGACUAGGCCAGUCCAAGCCCAGGCAGAAGACACAGACACAUUUGAACACAUUAAACAAGGAAAUGACAUCUAUGAUGCACAAACCUAUGAUGUGGCCAGCAGUGAGCAGCAGCAAACACCUAAAGAUUCUGGACAGGAUCAAGAAGAGGGGGAAACAGAGGAUAUGAAUGUGGAUAUAGAAGAGGAGCUACUGAGAAUAGCAGACACAGAGCAGCUGAGACCAGAGGAAGUCAAUUCCAGAACCACAGCAGCCUCUGGCUUGGAUGACAUGGAGACUCAAACUAUUGAAACAGAAGACCAAGAUCCCAGAACAGACAGAUCCAAUAAGAAAGCAGAGAAUGAGAAACCUGAGAGAAGCCGAGAUUCAACUAUUCAUACACUUCAUCAGUUCCUCGUGGAUAAAAUUUUCCAACCCUUUUUAAAAGAUGCCAAUGAACUAAGACAGGAGAUGGAGAGACAGCUGGAGACAUGGCAGUCCUAUGAAUCUGCAAAUGCAGAAGAGGAGCAGGCUGCAGCUGAGAUGUGGCAGAGUUACAUAGUCUUAACUGAGCCUCUAUCACAGCAGUUGUGUGAGCAGCUUCGUCUUAUAUUAGAGCCUGCCCAAGCAGCCAAGCUGAAAGGAGACUAUCGAACGGGGAAGCGUCUGAACAUGCGGAAGGUCAUUCCAUACAUUGCCAGUCAGUUUCGGAAAGACAAGAUUUGGCUCCGGAGGACCAAGCCCAGUAAACGCCAGUAUCAGAUUUGCUUGGCUAUUGAUGACUCUUCUAGCAUGGUAGACAAUCACACCAAGCAGCUUGCAUUUGAGUCAUUGGCUGUGAUUGGGAAUGCUUUAACCCUCCUGGAAGUAGGUCAGAUUGCAGUGUGCAGUUUUGGGGAGUCAGUAAAGCUGUUACACCCAUUCCAUGAGCAGUUCAGUGACUACUCUGGGUCCCAGAUUCUGCAGCUCUGCAAAUUCCAACAAAAGAAAACCAAGAUUGCUCAGUUUCUGGAAUCCAUCACCAAAAUGUUUGCAGCUGCUCAACUACUUUCACAAAGCAGCAGUCCAGAAACUGCACAGCUCCUUCUCAUAGUCUCUGAUGGACGAGGUCUUUUCCUCGAGGGCAAAGAAAGAGUCCUGGCAGCAGUUCAGGCCAUCCAGAAUGCUAACAUCUUUGUCAUUUUUGUUGUGUUGGACAAUCCCAAUUCACGGGAUUCAAUCUUGGAUAUUAAAGUACCAAUAUUUAAAGGACCCGGAGAGAUGCCUGAAAUCCGAUCGUACAUGGAAGAGUUCCCAUUUCCAUUCUACAUCAUUCUUCGAGAUGUGAAUGCACUUCCUGAGACUCUCAGUGAUGCUCUCAGGCAGUGGUUCGAGUUGGUAACAGCGUCUGACCAUCCAUAAAGCAAAAAGCAGUCCAAAGAGAUGGUCAACCAGUCAGCAUCUUACCCUGGUGCUUCCCUUUGAACAGCUGUUUCUGAAUUCACUGCUGUAAAGUGUGAUAUUUCUUUUAUCUUAGAUCUGAUUUGGAAAAAACAAAAAGGUAUCCAACAGCUAUAUUAUUAUAUUAUUAUUGAAAUGCACAUUUGUAAUUAUAAUAUAUCAGAGUUUAGACAAAGCUCUUGGAACUCCUUGCUGUGUCUGGGCAGAAGUCUCUCUUACAAACCUGGGGCAGCACUUCUAUCUCAUGACUUGGGGCAAACAGGAAGCUGCCACGCCUUUGGAAGCCUCACCAUCUGCUUUGCACUGACAGGGACCCCUGGAAUCUGUCUUAAGGAAAUGCUGCCAAGAACAUGGGACUGCAUUGUGCCAGCCCUUUGGACAAAGUACCUAGCUGCCUUUUGGCCUUUGCUCUAAGCUAUUCCUGAGCAAGCCCACAAUGUAGGCCACAAACCUAUCAUGUAGCUGAAACAAUUUUCUGGAGUCUCAGGUGAAGGGAACUACCCUCUGUCACAGACCAAGAAGCUUAGGGGGUGUGUGUUCUCAUAAACCAUCCUAACGUGGGAGCCCAAGUGCCAUAGUCCUUUUUCUAAUUUAUUUCUUAAAGUGUUAGGUUUGUGUUAUUUUGUUUUGUUUUUUCCCCUCAACUGUUAAAGAAUCAUUCCUCACACUGCUUUCAUGUUGCAUUGAGCUGGUCUCAGUCUGGAAAGGCAUGAUGUAUUCACACAAACUAAUAACUGCCCCCGCCACCCCCCGCCUUCAACGGUUUUUACCUGGUCAGAAAGCAGUGUUUGAAUACUUGAAAUGUUAUGCUAUGUUCUAUUUAAUGUUCUGUCAGAAUAUUCCUUGUAGGCAAUAUGCCAUGACAUAGUCAUCAAUCUGUGUGUUUUCAGGUUACACUGUGAAGUCUGCCACCUUUACAUGGUGGUCAUCAAAGGCAGAUUGCUUAUUGUUGAACCAAGUGUCCUAGAACAAGUACCUAAAGUUAUAGCCUUAUUUUUUAUUCUGAAAAGCUAUGCAGCUCAUAGUCUGCAAACUAUUAAAACAAAUAAUUGUUGAGGUAA